AUGGCGGCACCACCACCUAUUGUUCUCGAUGGCGGCACCGGCUUUUUGAAAGUCGGUUACGCUGCACAGAACUUCCCUGAAUUUCAGUAUCCCUCUAUCGUUGGCCGACCGAUCUUACGAACCGAAGAGAAAGGCGACAAUGAUCUUGUCAUCAAGGAUAUCAUGUGUGGCGAUGAAGCUGCAGCUGCUCGUACCAUGCUUCAAAUAAGCUACCCGAUGGAGAACGGCAUCGUGAAAAAAUGGGAUGACAUGCAGCACCUCUGGGACUAUACGUUUUAUGAGAAGAUGAAGGUCGACACAAAUGGACGCAAAAUUCUCUUGACCGAGCCACCGAUGAACCCCCUGAAGAAUCGCGAGCAAAUGUGUGAAGUAAUGUUUGAACGUUACGGGUUCGGUGGGGUCUAUGUGGCCAUUCAAGCUGUGCUUGCCUUAUAUGCGCAGGGCCUUUCGUCGGGUGUGGUGGUUGACUCUGGUGAUGGUGUCACACAUAUUGUUCCCGUGUACGAAUCAGUUGUCCUAAACCAUCUUACCAGGCGUCUUGAUGUUGCAGGUCGAGACGUUACCCAAAACCUAAUCGCUCUUCUCUUACGACGUGGAUAUGCUUUAAACCGAACGGCCGAUUUUGAAACCGUGCGCCAGAUAAAGGAGAAAUUGUGCUACGUUUCCUACGAUCUCGAGCUAGAUAAACGUCUUAGCGAAGAGACCACUGUGUUGGUCGAAAGCUACACGUUACCGGACGGUCGAGUGAUCCGCGUUGGCAGCGAGAGAUUUGAGGCGCCUGAAUGUCUUUUCCAGCCGCACCUGGUGGACUGUGAACAGCCUGGUAUCGCAGAGUUUCUUUUUAACACGAUCCAGCAAGCUGACGUUGAUGUACGCUCAUCCUUGUACAAGGCAAUCGUGUUGUCGGGCGGAAGUAGCAUGUACCCUGGCUUGCCGUCCCGGCUCGAGAAAGAGCUGAAACAACUGUGGCUGACGAGGGUUUUGGGUGGAAACCCAGAACGGCUGAGCAAAUUCAAAGUGCGCAUAGAAGAUCCCCCUCGUCGGAGACAUAUGGUUUUCCUUGGUGGCGCGGUCUUGGCAAACAUUAUGGCAGACAAAGAGUCGAUGUGGGUGACGAAGCAGGAAUGGGAGGAGCAAGGUCCCCAUGUGCUAGAGAAGCUUGGGCCUAGAUAG